CUUCAACUCAUCAUUCUCUCAUUCCAUUCACAUCCAUCAACAUCGCCAUCCAAGCUAUUCAAGCGAUCACAAACAACACAGGCAAGCAAGCGUUCUUACACUCAACCCAACAACCACAAACAGCUCGAUAGACCGAACAAACGAUGCACAGCAUUCAGCAAGGUCGACCCACAGAAACCAUCGCUACCGAGACCAGGCCCACCUCAAAAUUCGCCCUACGCUUGUCCACAUGGCUCAAGGACCACAAGGCCGCUAAGGGUCCAUCUCAACAAGAACAGCAGCACCAACUCAACAGCUGCAAUAAUUUGGCCAUCGCAGGGACAAGCAGCACUCAAGAAAGGGACCAACAAUUGCCAUCCUGGGUCUUUGAGGACCUUAACUCUCGGCCUAUGCCAUCGCCCUCUUUCCCGUCUUCACCCAUCUCUGCAUCAUCAGGAGCAGCGACAGAGGCAGGCCUUGCAGCAUUGAUACAUGAGUUCGGAGAAAUGACCACUGAUGGAGCGGAUAAUACAGAUGAAACAGAAAUAGUACUCGAGACACCACCGCAACAGCAGCAACAGCAAAACCAACUCCGUCAACAUUUUCACCAACAGCCCCUUUCAGAACCCUACGUUUCCUUCAAAAGGUCGCAAGCAAAGUACAAGCAGUCGUGGCGGAGGACACGUCCCGAGUUGCUGCCCAGAAAGGCCCCCAUCAAGCGUAUACCUAGCGGCACUCAGGAGUUGACCUCGAUCACAGGAGACAUCGAGACCGACAUCGCCAUACCGGAGAAACGUUCAGCUGUUUACGUGCCGCAUGAUAUCCUGCUCGCCAUCUUUUCGCAUCUCCCGUCAAGGGCUAAUGCUCAGCAGUAUUACGACCGCACUCAGCCAUCGGACUUGCUUUCGUGUUCAAGGGUCAGUAUGGCCUGGCGUCUGGCUGCCCUGCCAACUAUCUGGCAAACCAUUGUGCUACCGGACCCCCUUGACCGAUCCUGUCGACGACUGUUGCACCUCCUGGCAUCUUCGUACGCGUCUGCACAGGUCACGGGGAGGAACUAUGACAUGACAGAAAUGGUCCAACGUGUCGAGGUUGAUCUCCUUGAGGCAACCGAACUAUUGGCGGACGAUAGAGAUUACGAUUUACCAGAGGACUCGACAACUACUCCGUCCGUAGCAGCAGCAACAGCAGACAUGGCCGCCAUGACAGAUCAUAUCACAGCUCUCCUACAGUAUGUGUCACCCUUCCGGACACUUUCGAUCCAAUUGCCGCAGGAGAUCGAAUCAAGCGCGGCCGAGAUUUUAACGAAGACUGCCUCGAUGCCGACACUCGAAGCCAUUGUCCGUGGCAUUCAGGACGCCCAGAUCAAGGAGCUGGACAUGCCUUCGCCCAUGUACUGCAGUGUCUCAACCUUUCCUGGUAUGCUGAACCUAAUCUCAAGGCUGCAAGAUCUUAGGGUGCUUAUUCUGGGUUACUCAAGUCGAGAUUGGCCAUUGCUCAAGGCCAUCAUAUCAUUGCCUCUGCUGGAAAGUCUUUGCGUGUUUGAUUCGUGCUGGAGUAAUCAGAUCUGGAUCUAUCUGCUUAGCUCGUUGGGACCUCGACUGCGCGGACUCACUGUACUUCAAGGCCGCCGUCCACUACAGGGAGUUGUCCUUCGCGAGGGCAUUGCUCCCUACUGCAGGAACCUGACCUCGCUCUCGAUCCCGUUCAUUCAGCUCCUGUCAGGGCCUGCACCUGUUCUCACGAACGAGGAUUUGAUCCCAGUCAUCAAAACCUGUCAUGGGCUCCAGACUAUCAACAUUUCAGGACAACGACUGUUGGGCGAUCCAGUAUUGGAGGUGAUCGCGGAUCUGUGGGGUUUGCAGAUACUAGAUAUUCGAGAGUGCUCCCUCAUGACCGGCCAGAACAUCAAAGGCGUGCGUUGGCAGUCGAUCCAGCGGGUACGCGUCUCUGGCUGCGGCGAGAUCUCGCAAGAAUUCAUGGAUUUAAUCUUGCAGGCCUGGAGGUCUUCGGUUGCGCAGACAGGUCGAUACAUAACUGGCCCUAGUGCUGGUUCGAGCCACAAGUUCACAUCUGUGCUGGACUUCAAUCAUGAUACCGUGGAUCCUGUUGAGAUGGGCUGGGUUCGUCAACGGGAAGAUGAGCCACCACUGGAUCUAGACGAAGACCACUUCUUUGCGGACUGGUAUGUUUAAAUCAUAAUCCAACGCAAUAAAAGCAAUGAAUGUUAC